AUGUAUGUCAAGCAGAUCAUUAUCCAAGGCUUCAAGAGCUACAAAGAUCAAACGGUUAUUGAGCCAUUCUCCCCCAAACACAACGUCAUUGUCGGCCGCAAUGGUUCCGGGAAGAGUAACUUCUUCGCGGCCAUCCGCUUCGUCCUCAGCGAUGCCUACACUCAUCUCGGUAGGGAGGAGCGCCAAGCUCUUUUGCACGAAGGUUCCGGAUCGGCUGUGAUGUCCGCCUAUGUCGAGAUUAUCUUCGACAACUCCGACGAUCGAUUCCCCACCGGCAAGCCCGAGGUCGUCCUGCGUCGUACUAUUGGUAUUAAGAAGGACGAAUACACUCUCGACCGCAAGAAUGCCACUAAGAACGACGUUAUGAACCUGCUCGAGUCGGCUGGUUUCUCUCGGUCCAACCCUUAUUACAUUGUCCCCCAAGGCCGAGUGACUGCAUUGACCAACAUGAAAGACUCUGAGCGCCUGGUUCUACUUAAGGAGGUCGCCGGUACUCAGGUCUACGAAGCUCGUCGUUCGGAGUCUUUGAAAAUUAUGAAUGAGACCAACAGCAAGCGCGCCAAGAUCGAUGAACUCCUCGACUACAUUAACGAACGUCUUGCCGAACUCGAAGAAGAAAAGGAUGAGCUUCGGAGCUAUCAGGAGAAAGACAAGGAGCGCCGCUGUCUAGAGUACACCAUUUACUCCCUCGAACAGCAAGAGAUCGGCAAGGUCCUCAAUGAGAUCGAAGAGCGACGACAGAACGGCGUUGAGGAUGCUGACAACAAUCGGGAUCAAUUCGUUGAAGGGGAGAAGGCCAUGGCUCAGAUCGAUGCUGAGAUCGCGGAGUGCCGGCAACAGAUUGAGUUCCUGAAGGUUGACAAGGCUCAACUGGAGGACGAACGGCGUGAGGCAUCUAAGACUCUGGCACAGAAUGAAUUGCAGGCCAAGUCUCUUUCUGAUAACCAGGCUGCCGCACAAGCACUGAAAUCACGCUACGACUCUGACCUCAGCUCUGUUCAGGCCGCUAUCAGUGAGCGUGAAGCUGAACAUCGGGAAAUUCUCCCUCGGUUCAAUGCCUUGAAGGAUCAGGAAGACACGAUCAAAUCACAAUUGACGGAUGCCGAGACAUCGCGUCAGCGUUUGUAUGCCAAGCAGGGUCGAAACUCGCGAUUCAAGAACAAAUCUGAGCGUGACAAGUGGCUGAAUAUGGAGGUCCGCGAGAGCCAUAAUUCUAUUAACACUGUCCAGGGUGUAAUCUCUCAGACACAAGAAGAUAUUCAAGACCUAGAAGGCGAAAUUGCCGCUUUGGAGCCGGAAACUGAACGCUUGCGCCAGCAAAUCGAUGGACGCGGCGACACAAUGCAUAAUGUGGAUCAGCAAGUCCAAGAUGCUAAGGAUGAAAGAGACCGUCUCAUGGACCAAAGAAAGGAACUCUGGAGAGAAGAAGCGAAGCUUGACUCCGUGCUUUCGAAUGCAUCCCAGGAGGUGGAUCGUGCUGAGCGAAAUCUCUCGCAAAUGAUGGAUAACAACACUAGUCGCGGAACCGCCGCAGUGCGCCGAAUCAAGCGCCAGCAUAACCUCGAAGGAGUUUACGGUACUCUUGCCGAGCUUUUCGAUGUCAAUGAUAGAUAUCGCACCGCUGUCGAAGUCACUGCCGGCCAGAGUUUAUUCCACUACGUUGUUGACACAGAUGAAACUGCUACAGCCGUCCUCGAGAUCCUGCAAAAGGAAAAGGCCGGUCGUGUGACAUUUAUGCCCCUGAACAGACUUCGCUCUAGGCCGAUGAAUAUGCCUCGUGCUAGUGACACAAUACCCAUGAUCGAUAAGUUGCAGUACGACCCGGCGUAUGACAGAGCCUUCCAGCACGUGUUUGGCAAGACUAUCAUUUGCCCCAACCUGCAGGUUGCCUCACAGUACGCACGAAGCCAUGGCGUCAAUGCUAUCACCCCAGAGGGCGAUCGAUCAGACAAGCGUGGUGCCUUGACUGGUGGAUACCACGACGCUCGUCAGUCACGACUGGACGCUGUCAAGAGUCUAGCUAAGUGGCGAGACGAGUAUGAGGCCAAAAGAAAUCGCGGUACCGAAAUCCGGAAGGAGUUGGAGAAACUCGACCAGAUGAUUACCAAGGCUGUUGGUGAACUGCAAAAGCUUGAGCAACAGAGACAUCAGGUCCAGAACAGUAGUGGACCUUUACGACAUGAGUUGAGGGCCAAGCGUGAUCUCCUUCAAAACAAGAACGAUACUCUUGAUGCCAAGCGACGUGCUCUCCGAAAUGUUGAGUCAAAUCUUGCGGCACUGAACGACCAAGUCAAUGCAUUCCAGACCGAACUAGCCUCGCCUUUCCAGAAAGCUCUCACCAGCGAAGAGGAAGCUCGACUAGAAAGUUUAAGCAGCACAGUGCAAGAUCUGCGCCGUCAAUACCAAGAGCUUUCGGGUCAGCGCAGCGAGCUCGAGGCACGCAAGUCUGUGCUGGAAGUUGAGCUUCGAGAGAACCUCAACCCUCGCCUUGACCAAUUACUCAACAGAGACAUUGACAUCGCCGACGAGGAAGUUCAAGGUAAUCUGAAAGAGACACAGCGUGAAGUGAAGCGCAUUGGCAAAGCGUUAGAGAAGCUCAAUGCACGCCUAAAGGAGGUUGACACCUCAAUUGAGGAGGGUAAUACUCGCGUGAUGGAUCUCCAACAGCGUAAUGCUGAGACCCGACGGGAAAUUGAGGAUCUUGCUCGAUCUAUCGAGAAGCAUCAGCGCCGUAUGGAAAAGAGCAUGCAAAAGAAGGCAGCACUCACUAAGCAGGGUGCCGAGUGUGCUGCUAACAUCCGUUCGCUCGGUGUUCUUCCGGAUGAAGCUUUCACCAAGUACCAAAACACCGACUCCAACACUGUUGUUAAGAAGCUCCACAAGACCAACGAGGCUCUUAAGAAAUACUCUCAUGUCAACAAGAAGGCGUUUGAACAGUAUAACAGCUUUACCAAGCAGCGUGAGACUCUUACUACACGUCGUUCCGAGUUGGAUGCGUCUCAAAAGUCCAUUGAUGACCUCAUUUCUGUUCUUGAUCAACGCAAGGAUGAGGCCAUUGAACGGACCUUUAAACAGGUCUCACGCGAGUUCCACAACGUGUUCGAGAAGCUUGUUCCCGCCGGUCGUGGUCGUCUUAUUAUUCAAAGGAAGACAGAUCGUGCUACGCGACUCGAUGACGAUGUUGACUCAGAUGACGAAGAAGCUCGGCAGAGUGUCGAAAACUACGUCGGCGUCGGCAUCAGUGUGAGCUUCAAUAGCAAGCACGACGAUCAACAACGCAUUCAGCAGCUGAGUGGUGGACAAAAGAGUCUUUGCGCUCUCGCUCUAGUUUUCGCCAUCCAGGCUUGCGACCCCGCACCAUUCUACCUGUUUGAUGAGAUCGAUGCAAACUUAGAUGCUCAGUACCGAACAGCCGUUGCAACAAUGCUCAAGUCCAUCUCGGAUUCGACCAAUGGACAGUUCAUCUGCACUACCUUCCGCCCUGAAAUGCUGCACGUGGCAGAGAAGUGCUAUGGUGUCAGCUUCAGGCAAAAGGCCAGUACUAUCGAUGUUGUCUCGCGCGAGGAGGCUCUGAAGUUCGUGGAGGAGCAGAAAACGUGA